GAAGCGCUGAGGAACGGGCUGGUGGCCACGGAGGUGCUGAUGUGGUUCUACAUCGGGGAGAUCAUCGGCAAGGGCGGCCUGAUCGGGUACAACGUCUGA